CAACCACUACCUAAUGAACUACCUAAUAAAAAAUUUCCAAUUGAUGCACAAGGGAGGUCCUUCCAUGAAAAUUGGUAUUGGAAAAAGUUGCCAAAUGGUGAUGUAUCUAGACGAAAAUGGUUAUCGUAUUCAAAAAAACAAAAUAAAGCAUACUGUCUAUACUGUGUGCUUUUUGGAAGAAAUGAGCAAACAAAUUGGAUAAAAGAAGGUUUUCAUUUUUGGAAAAAUGGACCAAAUAAAAUUAUAAUUCAUGAAACUUCCGAAGCCCAUAUAAUGGCAUCAAUUAAAGCUGCUUAUAAAGAAGCUUCUUUUCCAUUAUUACCAUCGUUACAAGAAAAUGCUGUAUCAAAUGUUCUGCUUAAUCGUGAAAUAAUUAGACAUUUAAUUGAUCUAACAUUGUUUCUAGGACGACAUUGUCUAUCAUUUAGAGGUCACAAGGAAGGAUGGCAAGAAGAAUUGUGUGGGAAUUUCAAAGAUUUAACAAAGCUGUUAGCGAAAUACUCGCCUGCGUUAUCAUCAUAUAUAACACAACUUCAAAUAAAAGGAAGAAAAAUGCAUAGUUUUUUGUCAUGGCAGCGCCAGAAUCAACUUAUACAAGCCAUUUCUACUAAUAUUCGUGACACUAUUCAGAAAGAAUUAUUAAGUUCAGUGUUUUUCAGUGUAUCAUUAGAUACAACUUAUGAUAUUUCAAGAAAAGAACAACUGUCUAUUGUUUUAAGGUAUAUUAAUAAAAAAAAUGGCAUUGUUUGUGAACGUUUGGUGGCAGUUCGAGAAACAGUAUUGACUUCUGGGCAACAUCUUUUUACAAUGUUUGUAGAUAUUUGCAAAGAAAUGAAUCUAAAUUGGAAACAAAAUCUAGUAGGCCAAUCGUACGAUGGAGCAGCAUCAAUGAGAGGCGCCUACAAUGGGCUACAAUCAAUCAUCAAAACACAUAAUCCAUCUGCAACGUACGUUUGGUGUUGGGCCCAUAGAAUUAGUCUUGUUGUAGUUGAUGCAGUAAGUAGUUGUGUAGAAGCAAGAGAUUUGUUUGGAAAUUUAGAAACCUUGUACGAUUAUGUAGGAAGUAGUAAAAAACGUGGUGGUCUAUACUCUGAUUAUCAAAAAGUGCGAUACCCUGGCAAAUCCCUUCGAAGGUUAAAAAGAGUUUCAACUACUAGAUGGUCAUCACAUUCAAGUGCACUCCUAACAGUAUUCGAUACAUAUGAUGCACUUAUAGACUUAUUACAUUACUUACAAACCGACUCUUCGUCUGAUCGAGUUUGUAGUGUAAAAGCAAAAAGCUUAUUAGAUUAUUUAUUAUCUGAGAGAUUUAUUUUAACAGGGUUAACAUUUAAGAAAAUAUUUGAUUUAGUUAAUCCACUAAGCAAAUUAUUACAAGGAAAAAAUAUAGAUCUUUUAAAUGCUGUCUCUUAUGUUAAAUUUGUUCUCAAAAGAAUUCAAGAACUUAGAAGUGAAACACAAUUUAAAAUAAUUGUUAAUGAAAAGAACAAAUUUUUAGAAUCCAAAUUUAAUCAUUUUUACAUGAUACCUCUUACAGAGAUUCGCACCAGAAGAAUAAAAAAAAUGCCAGGUGAAAAAGCGCCAGACGAUCAACCUUUAAUCAGUCCUAUAGAUAAUUUUAAAAUAAAAACAUAUUAUGUUGUAAUAGACAUCGUUUGUACACAAGUUGCUGAGAGAUUCAAUGAACAUUCUACACCUUUAUUUAAAGAUAUAUCACUAUUCCAAAAAAAACGACUUAAAGAAGUAGCAGAACCCAAUAAUUUAAGACUUCCUGUUGAUGCUUUUAAUGCUUUUGAGCAGGUUUAUGGGAAGUUUGUAUCUGCAGUGAAUUUGAGACGAGAAUAUUUACAAUUCGCUAACACUUUUUUUGAGUUUGAAAAGCUAGUGAAACUUCCAGAAAAAUUGCAUCAUGAUUUUACAGAUGUUUUAAACUCUGAUGACAAUGAAGACCAAGAUACAGAUGAAGACAGCUUUGGGGAACAUGAAAAAUCACUAGAUACAAUACAUAUGUUGUUUGAGGUAUGCAACAGAUCAGAGUUGAAAAAUAUUUUCCCAUCACUAUAUACUGCACUUUGCAUUGCACUUACUCUUCCUGUAUCAAGCGCAUCUCCAGAACGUGCAUUUUCUAAAUUAAAAUUAAUAAAAACACGUCUUAGAUCAACAAUGUGUGAAGAACGCUUGGAAUCACUCAUGGUGAUUUCAUGUGAAAAAGAUAUUCCAAUUGACACAGAUGAAGUCAUCAAAUGUUUUUCAUCGUAUAGUUCAGUGCUUUUAAAAUUACUUACAUAA